AAAGUUAGAAAGGGAGCGGUAAAAAUUGAGGUGGGCUCGUCCACAGUGUUCGCUUAACCCUGCAUGGUGGUGUGGGAUCAGCCUCAAAAUGAGCAAAGAAAUGAGGGACAUAGGAGCCUCAUGUCUGCGUGCCCUGCUUCACUAUUUCCCUCUGGCUUCAAAGGAGGAAGAGGAGGAAGACAGCAGCCCUGGAGUGUCCUUCUCACUCUCUUCAGAAGAGUCGGAGAUGGAGCCUGAGGAAGAAAGGAUCCGUUACAGCCAAAGACUGCGUGGCACGAUGAGGCGGCGUUACGAGGACGAUGGCAUCUCUGAUGAUGAAAUUGAAGGGAAGAGGACAUUUGACCUCGAGGAAAAACUGUCCACCAACAAGUUUAACUCCACCUUCGUGGUCUUCAUGGAAGGCAAAGACUUCACAGUUGAAUACAUCCAGCGGGGCGGCCUGAGAGACCCUCUCAUCUUCAGGAGCUCUGACGGCCUGGGGAUAAAGAUGCCAGAUCCGGACUUCAGCGUGAACGAUGUGCGGCUGUGUGUUGGGAGCCGGCGGAUGGUGGAUGUCAUGGAUGUGAACACACAGAGGGAUAUUGAGAUGUCCAUGGCACAAUGGGCACGCUACUAUGAAACACCGGAGGCUGAGCGGGAGAAGCUUUACAACGUCAUCAGCCUGGAGUUCAGCCACACCAAACUGGAGAACCUGGUGCAGAGACCUGCUACGGUGGAUUUGAUUGACUGGGUUGAUAACAUGUGGCCCAGACACCUGAAGGAGAGCCAGACAGAGUCUACGAACGCUAUCCUGGAGAUGCAGUAUCCAAAGGUGCAGAAAUACUGUCUGAUGAGCGUCAAGGGCUGCUACACAGAUUUCCACGUGGACUUCGGUGGCACUUCUGUGUGGUACCACAUCCACCGAGGGGGAAAGAUCUUCUGGCUGAUUCCUCCUACACCCCAGAACUUGGAGCUCUAUGAAAACUGGCUUCUCUCAGGGAAGCAGGGAGACAUUUUUCUUGGGGACAGAGUAUCAGAGUGCCAGCGCAUCGAGCUCAAGCAGGGCUACACAUUUGUCAUCCCCUCAGGUUGGAUCCAUGCUGUGUACACUCCCAUGGACACGCUGGUUUUUGGAGGCAACUUCUUACACAGCUUCAACAUCCCUAUGCAGCUCCGGAUCUACAGCAUUGAAGACCGCACACGGGUCCCAAAUAAGUUUCGUUAUCCCUUUUAUUACGAGAUGUGUUGGUAUGUGCUGGAGCGCUAUGUCUACUGCAUCACCAGCCGCUCACAUCUGACCAAGGACUUCCAGAAGGAAUCGCUCAGCAUGGAUAUGGAGUUGAGCUCCUCGGACUCGGUGAACAUGGAAGAGGAGGAGGAGGAGGAGGAAGAGGAGGAUGCAGCAGGGAAGGAACCCAGGCGACCAGUCACAAGGCGGUCCAUUCUCACCAGCCCCAUAGCCAAUGGUGCCAAUGUGGACUAUGAUGAACUGGGCAAGAGCUGCCAAAGCAGCCUGCCAGGUCUGAAGAAGACCCCAUCUAUAGACUCUUCUGACUCCAGCCGAGGCUCCCAGAACGGCCAGGCCUGGGACCCCAACAGUGGCAGCCCGCGCAAGAGCAGGAAGGUGCACCUGACACAGUUUGAGCUGGAGGGGCUGCGCUGCCUCGUGGAUAAACUGGAGUCACUCCCUCUGCACAAGAAGUGCGUUCCCACUGGCAUUGAGGAUGAGGAUGCUCUCAUUGCUGACGUCAAGCUGCUGCUAGAAGAAUACGCAAACAGCGACCCCAAACUGGCACUUACAGGCAUCCCCAUCGUCCAGUGGCCCAAGAGGGAUAAGCUAAAGCUCCAGGCCCGGCUGAGGGUGCGCCUGCCCACCAUCCCCAUCACCAAACCACACACCAUGAAGCCAACCCCCCGCCCAACACCCGUCAGGCCUACGGUCUCUCCCAUCGUGUCAGGUGCCAGGCGGAGGCGGGUGCGGUGCCGAAAAUGCAAGGCUUGCAUGCAGGGCGAGUGUGGCAUGUGCCACUACUGCAGGGACAUGAAGAAGUUUGGCGGGCCUGGCCGCAUGAAGCAGUCCUGCAUCCUGCGGCAAUGCUUAGCGCCCAGGCUGCCUCACUCGGUCACGUGUGCACUUUGUGGGGAGGUGGAUCAGAACGAGGACUCACAGGACUUUGAGAAGAAGCUCAUGGAGUGCUGUAUCUGCAACGAGAUUGUUCACCCGGGCUGCCUGCAGAUGGAUGGGGAAGGGCUGCUCAACGAUGAGCUCCCAAACUGCUGGGAGUGCCCCAAAUGCUACCAGGGUGAUGACGCGGAGAAGGGCCAGAAGCGGAAGGUGGAGGAGAGCGAUGAUGACACGGCGCAAGCUAAAGUGCUGCGGCCCUUGCGGAGUUGCGAGGAGCCCCUGACCCCCCCCCCCAACUCGCCCACCCCCAUGCUGCAGCUGAUCCAUGACCCAGCGUCGCCGCGAGGCGUGGUGACGCGCUCGUCCCCAGGAGCCGGCCCCAGCGACCACCACAGCGCCAGCAGAGACGAGCGCUUCAAGCGACGGCAGCUGCUGCGGCUCCAAGCCACCGAGCGAACCAUGGUGCGGGAGAAGGAGAACAACCCCAGCGGCAAGAAGGAGCUGUCGGAGGUGGAGAAGGCCAAGCUGCACGGCUCCUACCUCACUGUGACGCUCCAGCGCCCCACCAAAGACGUCCAUGGCACUUCUAUCGUCCCCAAGCUGCAAGCCAUCACAGCCUCCUCCACUAACCUGCAGCACUCGCCCCGCGUGGUCAUGCGCCACGCACCCACCAGGAUGCCCCUGCGGGGUGGGGGGGAGGAGGAGGCAGCCGCCGAGGAGGAGGAGGAGGAAGAGGAGGAGGAGGACGAGAACGCGGAGGAGGGGGGGGCGGCCCGGCUCAACGGCCGAGGGAGCCGGGCGCAGGAGGGCGAGGAGAGCUGCAUGCAGCGCGAGGUGUGGAUGUCCGUCUUCCGCUACCUCACUCGCAGGGAGCUCUGCGAGUGCAUGCGGGUGUGCAAGACCUGGUACAAGUGGUGCUGUGACAAGAGAUUGUGGACAAAGAUAGAUUUGAGCAGGUGCAAGUCCAUCACCCCCCAGGCGCUGAGCGGCAUCAUCAAAAGACAGCCGGUCAGCCUUGACCUCAGCUGGACCAAUAUCUCCAAAAAACAGCUUACGUGGCUCGUCAACAGGCUGCCAGGCCUGAAAGACCUCAUCCUAGCGGGCUGUUCCUGGUCUGCGGUCUGUGCUCUCAGUACCUCCAGCUGCCCCCUUCUCAGGACCCUCGAUCUUCGGUGGGCAGUAGGAAUCAAGGACCCUCAGAUCCGGGACUUGCUCACGCCUCCAACAGACAAACCCAGUCAGGACAAUCGCAGCAAACUCCGCAACAUGAUUGAUUUCCGGCUCGCUGGCCUGGACAUCACCGACGCCACGCUGCGGCUGAUCAUCCGCCAUAUGCCCCUGCUCUCCCGCCUCGACCUCAGCCACUGCAACCACCUUACGGACCAGUCGGCCAACCUCCUCACGGCCGUGGGCUCUUCCACACGCAACUCCCUCACCGAGCUCAACAUGGCAGGCUGCAAUAAGCUGACAGACCAGGCCUUGCUGUACCUGCGCCGCAUCUCCAACGUCACUCUAAUUGACCUGCGAGGUUGCAAACAGAUCACCCGCAAAGCCUGUGAGCACUUCAUCUCGGACCUGUCCAUCAACAGCCUCUACUGCCUGUCCGAUGAGAAGCUGAUCCAAAAAAUCAGCUAGAGACCCUCCCUGGGGCAGACUGAGGAGAAGGAAAAGAGCCCAUCCCACCCCUCUCGGAGAGCCGCUCCUCCACAUCCCCACCUUGCCCUCCAUGUCCUGCCACUGCCUCCCACCUGACUCGGCAGGCAGGGCCGCUGCUGGCCUCGCUCCACCGUCCUUCCUCCUCCUCCCCCGGGACUUCUGCUGAUGAAGACGUCCCGCCAGGCUGGCCAGUACCAGAGGAGGAAUGGGCAAAUGGCAGGGAGCCUCAGCCCGAAGGCUGGCUGCUCCCAAGGCGGAGGUUGUAAUAGAGAUCUCUGUGCAGAGAAAUGGGGCACCCUCUUCCCCCGGCUUUUCCCCUCCUCCCCAUCAUCUCCUUGCCUUGAAACACUUGUCACUUCCCUGUUAGCACAAAGCUUGAGGGGCAGGGUCUCUCCAAGGAAGCGGGAGCAGAGCUGGAACAAAACAUACCCCUCCGUGCCACCACCAGCUCGUCGCUUGCCCUGCGCUCUCAGCCCCCUCACAGUUUCCCUCGCCCAGCUGCAGGGGCUGCGAUGGAAUCCCCCCCUCCUCCCACCACCCUCGCGCGGCCGGGUGGCUCUUCGGGUGUCGAGGGCAGGAGCCCCGCAGGCAGGCUGUGGCGGGGUCUCCGGCCGCAGGGCUGACACAGGCUGGCUGGGAGCAGGCACUUUGCAGCCCACUGUCCCCCUGCCCGGGGGGGUGAGGCUGGGGGAUGACACGCUUCCACGGCGGGCCAGCGCCAGCCUUCCUGCAGCACCGUCUGUCCCCAUGCAGCCCUGCACAGAGGUGACGGCUGGGGCCAGCUGGGAGCAAGGGGAGAAACCGCAGGUACAUCAGAGCUCAGGGAGGACUCGGAAAGCAUCAGCCAGGGGUGAGUGAGCACGUGGGGGGACAGGAGCUGCCUCCUCUUCCUCCCCAGCUCCCUGCGCGUGGCCCAGCAGCACGAAGCACUCUAGGGCCGCCGCGGCCGGAGGGGCGAAGGCUGCUCUGUCUGCCCAGGGUGCUGUGGCCUGGGACCGAACUGGCACGAACGCCCCACUGCAUUGUCCUCUCCUUCCCCCACCCCCUUUUAGCUGCCGUUUUU